AUGGCAAAGCUCAUUACCUUGUUCCUGCUCCAACUAUUUCUCCUCUGCUUCCUACCAAGAUCAAAUGCAGUCUACGAUGUGCUAAAUUUUGGGGCCAAAGCUGACGGGAAGACUGACUCGACGCAAGCAUUCCUUAAAGCUUGGACGGCGGCGUGCGGCUCAUCUUCCCCGGCCACCCUCUACGUGCCCGCCGGGAGUUUCCUACUAAGCCAGGCCACCUUCAAUGGCCCAUGCAAGAACACUGCGAUCAAGUUUUCGAUCCAUGGCAAGAUCGCCGCGCCUUCGAACUACAGAAAGUUAGGUGCUUCUGGGAAAUGGAUUACGUUUGAUGAUGUUGAUGGCGUGACGAUCAGCGGCGGCGAACUCGACGGAAGAGGGGCAGAUCUGUGGACCUGCAAACUUGAUGGCCGGAGCUGCCCAACCGGUGCAACUUCGCUGACCUUCAGCAACUCGAAAAACAUUGUGAUCGAUGGCUUAGCGUCGAUCAACAGCGAGCUGUAUCACAUCGUCAUCCUCGGCUGCCAAGGAGUGAGGGUUCAAGGCGUUUACAUCACUGCGGCGGGGAACAGCCCGAACACCGACGGCAUCCACGUUCAGAUGUCCACCGGCGUCAGCAUAGUUCAGGCCACCAUCAAGACCGGCGAUGACUGCAUCUCCAUUGGUCCUGGCACCUCCAACCUUUGGAUCGAGCGUGUGUUCUGUGGACCAGGGCACGGCAUUAGCAUUGGGAGCUUAGGCAAGGAGGGGCAGGGACUUGAGGAGGAAGGCGUGGAGAAUGUGACCGUAAAAUCUGCCGUAUUUACGGGCACACAAAACGGGUUUAGGAUUAAGACGUGGGCAACAAACGUCCGUGGCUAUGUGAAAGGAGUCGUCUUUUCUAAUGCAUCAAUGCGAAAUGUCCAAAAUCCUAUUAUCAUUGAUCAGAGCUAUUGCCCUGGAAACAAAAAUUGCCCUGACCAGAACUCGAGAGUUGGAAUCAGUCAUGUGAAGUACAAAAACAUUCGAGGGACCUCGGCAACAAAAGACGCUGUGAAUUUUGAUUGUAGUCCAAGCAAUCCAUGCAAUGGAAUUAGAUUGAAGAACAUUAAGCUCACCUAUCAAAACGAACAAGCAAAAUCUAAAUGCAAGCAUGCUUAUGGAAUUGCCACCGGUUCUGUCAUCCCACCAAGUUGUCUUUGAUGCCACCGAUAUUAUGCUAUUAGUCUAGAAUAUACUUGAGGUUUGGGUAGUCUGUGCAUUGGCUUGUUCAAGCCGACGCCCAACUG